AGUAACAGUUACAUCAGCAUUUACAUAAUCAUCAUUAUCAUCCAAGCUGUACAAAGAAUUGAACAUUGAUGUUAUUUCGGCAGCUGGCUUACUCGUACUCACAACCUGCUCUAUGGUGAUACCGUCAGAAGUACAAUCCCCUGUGUUAACAUCAUAAGUGCACUCCACCCCCCUUUUUACUAUAAUACACACUGAAAGAGCCCCGAUACGGGCCACCACUAUGUAACAACCCGCCUCAUAGAGGCACUGGUUACAAAUACGAUCCGGGCUCUAACAGUGUAUAAAAAGAAAAGCACACAACAAUCCAGCAAUUGCAUUCACCAAGUUUGUUGUGUAUUAUACAACAAGCUUGCCACCAAAUAUAUACAAAUAACCCACACCUACAGUCUCUCUUGUAGUGCAAAAAGAAAUAUAUACAACAGGACUAAAGUCUUUUGGAUCGUCCUCACCUGUUUCUCAGUCCAAGGGUGGGCGGAUCCACCUUUCUGCCGGAUUACAGCAACUGGCUCAUGAAUCCUCUCAGCCAAUCACCAGAAGGAAAAAAAGUAUUUCUUCAGCGGCAAAGUUCCUAGCAGAAGUGUGACAGUAAUCUACAGUGCUUGGAAUUCCUUCAUUGAGCACACUCCUGGAGCUGUCUCUCUCCCGUUUUAUGUUUACUUCCAUAACACAUUUACACCAUAAAGGCUCAUGAUAACGUGAGCACAGAGCCAAACACAAUGCUGAUGGAGGCAACAAGAUAGUGCUAAUAUAUACCAGGUGGCUGUAACUAAAAUAAUUAAAACACCCAAGUAUUUAAAACAUGGACUUUAUGUGGCAGUGCUACAAAGGAGUUUUAAACUUUUUACAUUUGGCACCCCACAGCUAGCAGUAUUUACAAACAGUGAGUAAUGAGUAGAAUCAAAAACGUGAGCAUCACAGAAUAUUUCUAUAAUAUAUGUUAACAUAAGUAAAGAAUAUUAUUUUACAGUAUGCCCCAAACUGCUUCAUUUCUUUUAUAGCACAGCAAUUUGCCAACAAUUACAAUUUACUAUUAAAUAGUAGGAUAAGUACAUUAAUAUAAACCAUGCACCCAGAACUACAGUCAAAGCUGCUGUUACACAAACUUAUUCAAUAUCUUCUGACCAAACAGAUCUGAGAAUUCAGCAGCGCUGUGGCAUAAUUUAUAUUAAAUUAAACCACAUAUUAGACCAAAUUCAAAUGAUUGUGCAUCUUUGGUACACUAAGCCACUUUGUUUUUCAUUCACUACCCAAAUGUUGAGAAAUUCAGUUUAUCUCUACUCAGAAAAAAUAUUUCCUCAUAUCUCAUUACCACAACUUUUCCUGAGAAGGCAGAAUGCUUAGUGGGUGUUGGCACAACGUUAACCUCAGUGCUGCUGCAAACGAAAGCAUUAGCUGACAGCUGGGCAAACUAAUGAACCAUAGCCCUCAUGCACCACGAUCGCAUUUCAGUUUUGACGUCGGGUGACAAAGGACGAGUCUAUUUUUGAAGUUUCAUGACUGUUUAUGCUGAGUUUCAUGCUGAAUGGCAAUGAUGAACAACAGCAGUAGUGUUUGGGAGGUCACAACAUUCAGCAUCAGCCCAUCAACUGAUGUUACUUUUAUCAUUGAUGGUGAACCGUGUGAUUAUGGAACCCAUGCAAGCCAUUUUCUCCCUGUGCUCUACUCCCUGUUCUUCGUGGUGGGCUUCCUGGGAAACAUGCUGGUGCUGUGGGUGAUCCUGAGGGGCGCUCAGAUGAAAAGCAUGACUGAUGUGUCUCUCCUGAACCUGGCCGUCGCUGACCUUCUACUAAUCUUCUCUCUUCCCUUCCUGGCUCACUACGCCAGGGAUACCUGGGUUUUUGGUAGAGCCAUGUGCACUCUGGUCCUCAGCGUGUAUCACAUUGGAUUUUAUGCCGGCAUUUUCUUUAUUGUGCUGAUGAGCAUCGACAGAUACUUGGCUAUCGUCCAUGCUGUGUUUGCCUUGAGAAUCCGAACCAAGGCUUGUGGGAUUUUAGCCAGCCUGGUAGUCUGGAUUAUAGCUAUUGCAGCAUCAUUUCCUGAGCUGGUGUAUCUUGGAGUUGAAGAGACUGGGACUGAAGUAAUUUGCAGUGCUUAUCCAAAAAAUCAAAAAAAUCACAGUGAUGUGAGAAGUGCAGCUUUCUUUAAGAUGAAUAUUUUGGGAAUGCUGAUUCCACUGAGUAUUGUAGGAUUUUGCUACUCAAUGGUACUUCGGAGGCUUCAGACCCUUCGUACAUCAAAGAAACUGGCCAUUCGUCUUGUUACUAUAGUCAUGGUGGUGUUCUUCUGCUGUUGGAUACCGUACAACAUUGCAGCAUUCCUCAAAGCACUGGAACUCAGGCACAUCCUGAAUUCAGAGUGUGAGCUCAGCAAAACAAUCCAGCUCUUGCUGCAAGUCACUGAAGCUAUAGCGUACUCACACAGCUGCCUCAAUCCAUUCCUCUACGUGUUUGUGGGUGUAAAGUUCAGAAGACACCUUGCCAAGCUUCUGCGCCAGACACCAUGCAUCCGAGUGCAGUGUGUGAAGCAUUGUGUGACCCAGGCCACAGCCUCGGUGUAUUCACAGACCACAAGUAUGGAUGAACGCUCAGUUGCCAUGCAAAUGUAGAGCAACAUGAAAUCAUCUUAUUUUACAACUCAGCUUUUAAAUGCUCAUUUGGUUUAUAUAUACUGGUGAAAACUUCUUUUUGCACGUGUUAUAUAUCUCUGCAUUUAGGUAAUUAAAGAAUACCAUACCAUGCACCUAAAUGGUGCAUUUCCUUUUUGUUGGGGUGGUAGCCAAAUGUACUUUCCACCUAGAAAUGUGAAUAUACUGAAUCAUCUUUUUAAGGUAGAUUUAAAGUACAUAAUUGGAUUGUAAUUAAAUUAUAGAGAAAAGCCUGGAUUAUUCUUUAUUUUAACUAUGCGUACACCUAUGCAAGGUUGCUGUUGAUUGUUUGAGGCGACAACCACAACUGACUAUACAGACUAAAAUUAUGUCUAAAAUCUCGCAAUUAAAUACUAUUCUAGACAGUUAUUGAGUACUAAUGCUAAUCAUUUUCCUUGUUACGGUUAGUGUUUGAAUUUUAAAAAACCUCUCAUGUAGCUUUCAAACCUACCAAAAUGUCUGUCUUGUGUACCAGUCUUCUGGAUCAUGUACUUCCGCAAGUCAGAUCAUAGUUUCCUGGAGACUCAGCUUCAACAAUGCCAACACCCGUGAUGACAGUGGGAAGUUUUCAUGAGAAGCAUCGUGUUUAAUAUUGCUGUACAUGACAUCGCUAAACAUUUUAAAAGUUUGACAUGUGAAGGACAGGUAUCUUUUGCUAUGACAUGCCAUCUAGUGGAUGUCACUCUAAUCCCCUAAAUGUACAUAACAUAUGUGAACAGAUCCCAAUUAUGUGCUUUAAAAGGUACAUGACAUGAAUAUUUCUAGGUAAAAGAUGUGUCCUAAAGUUAAAAAGGUGUACAUUUGAGGGUACCACCCCAGCAACAAGGAUUGUUAUAUUCAACACCAUCCUCACAGUGAAGCAUGUUGGUGUUGUGUGUUAAAUCAAAAAAACUGAUCAACAGAUCAAAAAAACAUAAAAGAUUUGUGAUAGCAUACUUAUUCACCCCCACUGCUGUGAAAUUAGGUGCAUCCAGUGCCCAUCACCAAGCCACAUAAAUAGUUCAGUAUUAAAGGCUUUGUGUUUUGUCUAGUUAUGACAAAUACAGUGCUGUGAAAAAGUAUUUGCUUGAUUUCUUUCUAAUUUCUUCUUUUUUUGUAUAUAUCAUACUCAGUUGUUUUAGAUCUUCAAAUGAAAUGCAAGAUAAUGCAAAGGCAGCCUGAGUAAACACACAAUACAGUUUUUUUAUGCAUUUUUAUUGAAGCAAAAGCACCUAUCACCCAUGUGAAAAACUAACUGCCCCUUUAAGUCUGGCUGGGCCACCUUCAGCUGCAAUUACUGCAAUUAAAUGCUAAAAUAACUAGAGAUCAGUCUUUCACUUACUUCUAGGACUAGGAUUUACUCCUAUGCUUUGGAUCAUUGUCUUGCUGCAUAAUCCAGAUGCGCUUGAGUUUCAACUUACAGACAGAAGAUCAGACAUUCUCCUUUAGGAUUUUCUGGUAUAGAGCAAAAUUCAUGUUUCCCUCAAUUAUUGCAAAUUGUCUAGGUACUGAAGCAGCAAAGCAUCCCCACACCAUCACACUGCCACCACCAUUCUCAGAGCAUUCUCGAAUGUUCUUCAGAACAUUCUCACAAAAGGUUGGAGUACCCUUAAAGUGUGUUUUGGCAAAAUUCAGAUAAAUUCAACCUUAAAGUUAUUCUGAGUUAGCAGUGCUUUUCACCUCGCCACUCUUCCAUGGAUGCCAUUUUUGCCCAGUGUCUUUCUGAUAGUGGAGUCAUGGUCAGUGACCAAGAGAGUCCUGUAGGUCCUUUGUUGUUGUCGUCCUUGGCUCUUUUGUGACUUGCUGGAUGAGUCGUUGC